CUUCUGUUAGCCUGUUCUUUGUCGUUGCUGUACUUGUAGCUGCUUGCAGUCCGCUUCAAUAACAGCAGCCGCCGCUCUACCAGCGUGGCUUACCUCUAAGGUCAGCCAAUUUCCCCGUGUUUCUCGCUGGAUUGUGUCGAAAUUCCUUCUGACAACGUAAAGAAAAGAAACACCAUGGAGGAAGAGGAGCACUUUGUGAACAUAGACCUGAACGAUGACAACAUCUGCAGCAUCUGUAAACUAGAGACGGACACAGGGACGCUUUCCUUCUGCCAUGUGUGCUUUGAACUGAGCAUAGAGGGUGUAUCCAGCGCCACCUUGCUGCACUCCAAAUCUUUACGUGGUCAUAGAGACUGCUUUGAAAAGUACCAUCUCAUCGCCAACCAGAAGCUCUCCCGCGCCAAGGCCUCCCACAGUGCGUAUGAGGGCGUGAAGCGGGCUCUGAGCCAGCGAAUCAACCGCAUGAUACAGUACGCCCAGAACAGAGACUCUGUAACUGCUGAGACACCCGGGCGCUGGGGGGCCAAACAGAUUCUGUGUCACACUCAGCAGGGCGGCAGGAAACUCCUGCCCCAGUCCGAUGCCCAGGUUCCCCGUUACGCCCCACGAUGGGCAGAAGAGGCAACGAUGGUGGAGUCGGAGUAUGGGAAAACCAUGCUGGACUGUCACUCUGCCGAGGAGCUCGGUCUCGGCCUGCUGCAGGGAUCACGCCAGGGACUGUGGGCUGGAGAGAGACACCACCCACGAGAACAGCAGAACCGAGAGCAGAGAGACACAGCCAGACAGAGGAGACACAGUCGAGAAGAGCUGGUGAGGAUGAGUGUGGAGGAGCUUCGCCAGCUGAACGAGCAGCUACUGCUACAGAUAAAAAAUGUGUUUGAGGAGCUGUCUGUAGCUGUGCAGGAGAAGGACUCUCUUUCUUCAGAGCUUCAUGUACGGCACAUAGCCAUCGAGCAGCUCUUUAAAAACUGCGGCAAGCUGCCGUGGCUCCAGAUCGGGCGAGCAGGGGUCAAAGCUGGCAACAACCCAGUGGAAUGAGCGCUUUUUGGGGAAAGACCAGAAAGAAAGCUCAGCUUCAAGCAGACUCUCAUGGAAGCUCAAGCGGACAGGAAACCCACAACGCUGUGCUAAUGCGUUUAAAGUCGCCUCGCUCUAAAAAGUGGCGUCUGAAUUUUUUAGCAAAAACUGGACUUUGAAAGCGAAAGUGUCCGAAAGUGUUUCAAUGCAGAAUGAGGUGUUUUUAAAACCAUACAAAUACUCGUUUUCAUUUAUUCGUGGUUCCAUUGAUACGUUUUAGUUUUUAUUCUUCAUAUCACUGUUUACUCUCUACUCUUGAUCAUGUUGGGUGAGUCUGACAGUGUUCCUCCUGAACGUUCAGGCUUGCUGAUUGGUUGUGGUGUUGCUGUGGUAACUGCUGCUUAGUUAAGUUUUUCCCUCCCUCUGCUCAUUGCAGAGGAACUUGUUAAUGACAAUAGUUGUUCCAUUACUCUAAGCAGGCAUAUUUCUCCUGUUGUGCUGAAGUUCAGCAUAAGCGUAGUGGAAGUUUACAUUUCUUUUGUUAUUGCACUCUUAAAACUGUGUUCUUCUGACAUUUCAUAGGUGCUUUUUCCCCCCAUCACAACAUUUCACAGGUUCUGAUUAAGAAUGGACGUGAAAGUUUCAGCUGGUAUAGAUUGGUCUUUCACAAAUGUUAAGCACAAGCCUAACUUUGAUUUAGGCUUAACUCGGUGCUGGGAUUAAUAUUGGAGAGAUAUACUCAACCAAAGCCUUUGUUACCUCAUGGUAACAAUUCAGUAUUUAUUUUGUUAGGACAAUUAUUUGCUUGUUACAAAUAUUUCAAAUUGAAUUAGCUUUUUUUUAAUGUGUGGCUUCUUUUCUUGUGCUGUUAUAGUAUGGUUUCUUGUAUUAAGAGUCCGUGCAUAAAUGGAGAGAAUAGUCAGGGCAAAGUGAGCCUUUACCCAGCUGCCUUGAUUUCAGAUCAGACUGUGUUGCCAUCUGGUGGACAUUCAGAGAAUCCUCUCCACCUGUUCCUCUUAUCUGUGCAUGGUUAUUAUGGUUCUUCGAAGUCUAUUAUCUCUAGAAGAAUCUUUAAAAUAAAAAUGUUUUAAGAUCUCAGCUAGGAAUUCUCAAUUCUGUUCUCUUUAUAAGAGAUACAUAUUCGACUGACCCC